AUGGGCAUUAUACCAGAGAGAAACCUGAGAGCGGCCAUCCCGGCGUUUUGCCUGUUACCGUUUUCGCUCGACUGAUUCCAGCGCUUUACGCCCAUUUCCAUUUUUGGAACUAUUCCGCUACACCCGUGUUUGUUGGUGUCGGUACGACAGGUAUCCUAACCUCACAACUGUCAGAUUUUAACAAUUUAUAACUCUCUUAGUAGUGCCGAGCGACAAUUUUAACUUGCAAAUUCGUGUUUUACAGGCAAAAAUACACGAUCCUAUGAAUUUUCAUGAAAAACGGAGAAUGAGAGACUCUCCUUCAGUAUUACCUGGAGACUUUAUCGACAGUGCUUGAAAAUGGGCGUAGCGGAGUAGUUUCAAAAAUAAAAGUGGGCGUAAAGCGCUGGAAACUGUUUAGCGAAAUGGUAACAAGCGUAACAAGUAAAACACCGGAGUGGCCGCUCUCAGGUUUCUCUCUGGUGUUAAUCAGCUUAUGGCGGCCCGUGCGGCGAGGCUGGCUCGUCGCACCGAUUGCCGACACCGUCGACGACGCUUUCGGUAAUUAAUGACUCGCGCCGUGCGGUUGUCGUAAGGAUGCUCAACUUCCUGAAGACUCGGGUCACCUCGGUGCAGAAUGCGCGUAUUAUGUCAACGCGGCCGGCUCUUCAGUGCGGACCGUCCAAUCGAUUGUGCUCAUUCUGCAAUUUUCAUCAUCUCAACCUGUCCCGCGCGGCGAGAUGUACCGCGAUACGCUUUUAUGCAACUGACGUGGUAGAACUGCACGCUCCCUUGCAGAAGAAAGUGAAACGUCGCUCGAAGAAGUAUGCAGAGUUGUUGGAAGUCACGGAUCAGACGACUAACAACAGGAAAGCAGCGAUACGCAACUUGAACUCCGCUCAGGUGUCUUUCUUGGUUGGGCAGCCUAACAUUACGCUGGACAAGCUGCACAAGAUCCCUAAUCUUCGCCUUAAGAGGGAGACGAUCACGACGCAAACGAAGGACACCAAUGAAAAGGUUGGGCCUGAAAAGGAUUUGAUUCCUAUGGACGGCAAGGUGGACGAUAUCCGCAGCACCGUACUUAGGGAACCUGACGAGCAACUGGACGACACGUCCGCAGUCGUGGAGAAUUUGAAAGAGUCCGGCAUAAAUAAUCACACUGCGUUAAUCAAGGGCUCCUCCUUCCUGGACAUGCUGCAGCAGGUUGACAAAAACGUGGACAAAGAUGCGAAUCAGGAUGACGUUCUCAUACAGACACCACAGUACGUGACUUCGGACUCGUAUGCCGCAAUUCCCUUUACGAACGAGACGGACCAGUCCGAGAAUCAACUUUCCGAUUACGGUCUGAUUUCUCAAUUAUUGGCGCAUAUGGACGUUUAUGUGCAAAUCAAUAUGCCGCACAAGGCCUUCAAGUUACUGACGUUGAACAAACCCCAUCUCAAGCACAGCAAAGUCCCUACCGUCGCGCUCUAUAAUUUACUUCUGAAAACUCACACCUCUAACACGCACGUGGAAAAGGCGUUCGAGAUCUACAAAAUAAUGAAGGUGGACUCUGUCAAGCCGAACUUCGAAACGUACGCUCUUAUGUUCGAGAUAAUCGCAAGAAUAACGAACCGGGAGAAACGAGCAGAGAGCGCAGCAGAAGUGAUGGCAGACAUGAGUCGUAGUGGCUUCUCCUUCGACGAUAUAAUGGAUGUGCAGAUGAACGCAAUGCAACGUGAUAGUGUUCUUCAUUGUAUAAGAUUGUUGGAUCCGCAGUACCGUGUACAGCACGCAGACAUUGACACCGCGCACAGCUGCAAUCUAUUGAAAAAUCUGACUAUGAAUAAUAACAAUCAGAGCCCGGCGAAGGGAGUAGUGACUUUGGACGAGUUGCCAGAUAUGAUGAAUGCGCAGACCGACUUGGAGAAGCAGUGCAAGGUGAGCAUAAAGAGCGUCGCCUUGUUCACCGGAGAUUCCAAUGUUAGGCAGCAAGCUAUCAAACGGAUCACGGAAUGGGAGGAGACCUGGAAAUCGACCGUGGCCGAGGCUUUCGAGAGAAAUCUGACCUACCUGAAGCAGAAGGAAGCGAAGAUGAAGACGGAUUUAAAGAUCUUACAUCCGUUCCUUCAAGUGCUGCCCAAGGAGGAGUACAUCAACGCGAUUCUGAGCGAGAUCGACCAACUGACAAAAUUCUCCACGGGCUACAGCUGUACCAUGACGCAUCUUUACCUGACGCUGGGAACGUACAUUUACAAGAGGUACGAGUUUCACCGGAAGACGAAGGACGACAUCACAGAGAACUCCAUGCAGGUGUACAAGAAGUAUUUGGAGUGGUACAUGCAGAAGGAUCCCGCGGACAGGUGCGGCAACGGGCGUAUCAAGUGGCAACAGCUCGUCCACGAGGCGAAGAAGUCUGGCAUUUGCUGCGACAUGGCGGUGCCGGAGUGGUCUCACAGCACUAUGAUAAACGUCGGCAAGUUUCUGUACAAUAUCAUCGUGAACGACGUGAAGAUCCCGCAUAUACCCAAGCCUGGCGCGCCCGAGCGGCAGAUACCCGCGUUCUAUCUGCUCUUCAGGCUCCAUUCCAACAAGUUCUUGAUGGAAGAGAUCAAGCCUCACCCCUACUUAAGCAAGUUGUACAAGGACUCGCAUCCGGAGACACUGUCCUUCGACACGGUUUCCCUGCCGACGUGCUGUCCGCCGCGUCCUUGGACAGACAUAAACACCGGUGGCUAUCUGCUCUCCAAGGUGGCGUUUGUUCGCGAUCCCUACAUGAAACCGUCGCGCCUGUUGAGAAGCACGCCGACGAAGCAGCUGUAUCCGGCGCUCGACAGCCUCAACCAGCUCGGUUCAAUCCCGUGGAUUAUCAACGUGCCCAUUCUGGAUAUCGUGAUUCAGAUUUUCAGAGACGGAGGCUCGAAGGAAUUGACUGUACCUCAACCAUCCACGGUAGUCCCACUCGCGUCGGAGGUGCUCGCGAGCAAGACGGAGAGGAAUGCUAGAGAGAUCGCAAAGCUGUUGCUUCACCUCAGGCGCACGAGAAACGAAAUGCACUCGUUGUGGUGCGAUUGCCUCUACAAAUUGUCUAUCGCCAAUCAUUUCAGAGACAAGAUAUUCUGGAUGCCGCACAAUCUGGACUUCAGAGGCAGAGCUUACCCGAUACCGCCCCAUCUGACUCAUCUCAGCUCGGACCUGGGCCGUUCGAUCCUCAUGUUCGCCCAGGGCAAGCCCCUAGGUCCAAAGGGUUUCGACUGGCUGAAGAUUCACACGAUAAACAUGACCGGCUUGAAGAAGAGGGAGCCGAUGCACAAGCGGCUGGAGUUCGCGAACGAGAUUCUGGACCUGAUCGUGGACAGCGCGAGGAAUCCCUUGACAGGAGAAAUGUGGUGGGCCAAGGCCGAUGAGCCGUGGCAAACCCUGGCGGCGUGCAAGGAGAUAGACAACGCUUUGCACUCCCCGAACGUGGAGCAGUACGUCUGCCGGCUUCCCAUACAUCAGGACGGUAGCUGUAACGGCUUGCAGCAUUACGCCGCGCUCGGCAGGGAUCUGAUAGGAGCGAAAAGCGUGAACCUGUAUCCCUCGGACAGACCGCAGGACGUGUACAGCGUCGUCGCCGGCCUGGUCGACGAGUACAGGAAGGCGGACGCGGCCGACGGCAACGAGAUAGCCAAGGCCCUGGAAGGGCACGUCAGCAGGAAAGUCAUGAAGCAGACCGUGAUGACCACGGUGUACGGCGUGACCAAGUUCGGCGCCAGGCUGCAGAUUGCCAGGCAGCUGAGCGAUUUGGAGGAUUUCGAUCAGAAGUACGUUCUGAGCGGCAGCACGUAUCUGGUCGAAAAGACGUUUCUGUCCCUUCAGAGCAUGUUCGAGAGCGCGAAGGAGAUACAGAAUUGGUUUACGGAUUGCGCCCGCGUUAUCACUAUCAGGUGCAACCAGUAUGUGCAGUGGGUGACGCCGUUGGGCCUUCCGGUCAUACAGCCCUACUCCAAGCACAAUAAGACGGUUGACUCGAAAGUCAAGGUUUUCAGAAAGUUGGACACUGUGAAGCAGAAGAACGCCUUUGCGCCGAAUUUCGUUCACUCGUUGGACUCGUGCCACAUGAUGUUGACGAGCUUGCAUUCCGAACAGGCGGGGAUCACGUUUAUGUCGGUGCACGAUUGUUUCUGGACGCAUCCAUGCACAGUGGAUAUUAUGAACAACAUCUGCCGGGAGCAAUUCAUCGCGCUUCACAGCGAGCCCAUUCUCGAGGAUCUGUCCAAAUUCUUUUGCAAGAAAUAUUUAGUACUCUUUGUGAACGACGGGCGGAAUCUGAAGCUGAAGAAAGGCGAUGUCUCGUUAGAGGUCUUCAAGAAAGUGCCGAAGAAGGGUGAAUUUGAUAUCAACACAGUCCUGUCGUCUCCAUAUUUCUUCAGUUGAAACGUAACUCUAUUUAUUACAAAAAGAGAACGUAUCAGUAAAUGUGUACGAAUGUAAAUUACUGUAAAGUUUUAAUAUGCGAAUUGGUUUUGUUGUGUUCUGUACAAACUGACAGAUUUACUGUUAUAUGUAAAAUAGCUUCUAGGAUAAUAUGUAAAUAGCUUGCUAGGACAAUACAGUUUUUGAAACUUUAA